AUGGAUCUAUGUGGUGCCUGGCGCCUGGAGGAACUGCGCGUGGAGUACGACGGCAGGACGUGCCGGGCGUCCAUCCACACGGAAACCGCCCAGGAUGUUGUUCUCGACGAGCGUCCCCUGGCUAGGGCUCGUCCUAGGCGUGGCCUGUGCGCUGCGCCUACGCCUACGUGGUGGCCUGAGGGGAGGCUUGCUCCGGCUACACACUCCCCCGUGCGGUGGCCGUCCUGGCGCAUCUGGAAGACCGCUUUUCGCCAGGGAUGCGGCAUCUACAAGGCUGGUAGCAUGUACAAAAGCUCCGGCGCCGCCGGUCAACUCUGGCUUCAACUCGUCGUAUGCAAGUUCGGCUUGGCGUGUUUCACUCUGGAUGGGCUUCUGCAAGCAUUUGGGAUCUGGGUGAAAGCACUGCUUGGCUGUUGCUCCGGGCCGACGUCCAUGGCGCAAAUGGCAUCAUAUUCCUCCCUAGAGGCGUCGUUGUAG